CCACUGAAAGAAGUGAUGUAGGCCAACUGUCUGAAUUCUGCCACAGCAUUUAUUUGUGUGAAAGAAAAGUUUCAAAUCGUUUGCACUGGCCCUGUGGAGGAAACUUUCCCCCUCUAUAUGAGAGCUUCAAACAAACAAAACACACAACAUUUAUACGUGAUCAAAAUAAGGACCUACAGGUGUCGUUUUAGUUAUGGAUGCCUCAGAGGAGGAGACUGCACCUCUGGUGAACAGAGACAGGGAAGGCAGCCAGAUAUCAAGCUCAAGCCUUGGCCCAGGAUUACAAGUCCAUCUCUAUUUUCUCCCUGCCACAAAGGAAGGAAAAACCUUUCACAUAUCCUCGGGCCAGGAGUCUGCAGAAGGUGUCUGCAUCCAGGCAGCAAAACAAUGUGGAAUCCUGCCUGUGUACCAAAGCUUGUUUGCUUUGGCUUCUUCUGAUCUCUCUUUCUGGUAUCCUCCAACGCAUGUUUUCAACACUGAGGAAAAGACUUUGGUUCAGUAUCGAGUAAGGUUCUUCUUUGCCAACUGGUUUGGCCAGGGGACAAAAACAUCUCAUCGCUUCAGUCUAAUGAGAAGCAGGAUCAGUCCAGUACUUGACUACUGUGUCAUUGAUUAUCUCUUUGCCCAGUCUCGUAGUGACUUUGUGAAAGGUCACGUGGGGGCCACGCCUCCUGCCCAGGACGAAUGUAUUGGCCUGGCAGUGCUGGACCUGUGGAGACAGUCGGAAGAACGCCACCUGAGCAUAAGAGAGAUCUGCAGAACUGUCAGUUACAAGUCAUGUCUCCCAGAGGCACACCGGACCAACAUCCAGAAGCAAAACCGCCUGUAUCGCUACUGGACCCGCAGCACUCUGAAGCGCUUCCUGAAGAAGCUGGGAGGCUGUUCCGUGGAUGCGUCCAGCCUGAAGUUGAAGUACCUGAUAGAGUUGGCUGGGGUGGAACCCGCUUUGUGGACGGAGACCUUCAAGGGGAGCGGUAGCACCUCCCAGAUGCAGAGCCAAGGCUCCACCUUCAGCCUCCUGCUGGUCUCUGGAGAGGGCGGCAUUCAGACCAGCGACGGUCAGACUACCGCUGGCGUUCCGGAAUGGAAGACUUUCUGUGACUUCCAAGAAAUUAUUGACAUCAGCAUUGCUAGAGAGUUCCAUGAGCAGACAUCCAGAGACAGCAGAGUGGUUACAGUCACCAGGGAUGAUGACAGAUGUUUGGAAACCAAGUUUCAAACUCUCAGAGAAGCCCUGUCGUUUGUAUCACUGGUUGACGGGUAUUUCCGGUUGACCACAGAUUCAAGCCACUACUUCUGUCAAGAUGUUGCCCCGCCUACUCAUCUUGAUGAUUUUGAAAACCACUGCCAUGGGCCAAUCACGUCAGAGUUUGCAGUAAACAAGCUGAAAAGAGCAGGUGCAAGACCAGGUACAUUCCUCCUCCGGCACAGCCCUCAAGACCACGACAAGUACUUCCUCUCCGUCUGUGUACAGGAUCCUCUUGGAGUGGACUACAAGGACUGCCUCAUCACCAAGAAGGAGCACUUCAGUCUGCCAGGUGUCCAAAAGUCCUUCCACAGUCUUAGAGAGCUCACAGGCUUCUAUCAACGCAACAAACUGCUGCUGGGGGAAGUCCCUGUCAAGUUAGAACGCUGCUGUCCGCCCAAGUCUAAAGAGCUUACCAACCUGAUCAUCAUGCGAAGUGGUAGCUCAAUGGUCUCCCAUGGGUCACCCGCCCCACAGAGGAACAAGCCUAGUCACAUCCAAUUUCAGAUGAUCAAAUACACGGACCUGGCUCUGGUGGAGAGUCUUGGCCAGGGGUCCUUUACCCGAAUCUACAGAGGCACCAAGACAGACUUUUGUAAUGGGGAGAAACAUGUGGCUGAUGUCCUGCUGAAAGAGCUGGAUGUCAGUUAUAAAAACUGUUGGGAGUCCUUCUUUGAAGCAGCCAGCGUGAUGAGCCAGAUUUCCCACAAGCACUUUCUCCUGGUCUAUGGAAUUAGUGUUCAUUCAACCAAAAAUAUCAUGGUGCAGGAGUUUGUCAAGUAUGGAGCCCUUGACCUCUAUUUGAAACGGGAAAAAUCAGUGUCGGUCAGCUGGAAACUUGACAUAGUUAAACAACUAGCCUCUGCACUUAACUUUCUGGAGGAGAAAAACAUUGUUCAUGGAAACAUCUGUGCCAAAAAUCUGCUCCUGGCCAGAGAGGGGGAUGCAUCACAAGGCAGUUCCCCAUUCAUCAAGCUCAGUGACCCGGGGAUCAACGUAGCAAUGCUGGGCAGACAUGUGAUGCUGGACAGGAUCCCGUGGCUAGCCCCUGAGCUGGUGGAGACACCAGAGAGACCCAAGCUGGAGUGUGAUAAGUGGAGCUUUGGCACCACACUGUGGGAGAUAUUCAACUGCGGGGAGACUCCACUACAGGGAUGGGACCUGGAAAUGAAGCUGCAGUUUUACAAGAAAUACCAGCAGCUCCCUCCCUUUCAGUGGACUGAGCUGGCAGACCUGGUCAGUCAGUGCAUGACCUACCAGCCUGAGUUCCGUCCAUCUUGCAGAAGCAUCAUACGCCAGCUCAACAGUCUAAUAACGUCAGACUAUGUGAUUCUACAUGCAGCUGAGACCUUCCCACAGCGAGACGGUUUCUGGAAAGACCGGAGCUCAAAGCAGUUGGACCAGUCUGUAUAUGAGGAACGACAUCUUCGUUUCAUACGUCAACUGGGGAAGGGAAAUUUUGGCAGCGUUGAGCUGUGUCGCUAUGACCCUCUGGGGGACAACACAGGCGAGCUGGUUGCUGUGAAAAAGCUGCAACCCAACAAGCAGUCUAACACGGAAGACUUCCAGAAAGAGAUUAACACCAUUCGCUCCCUUCACUGUGAAUACAUUGUAAAGUACAUGGGGGUGUGCUACAGCAUGGGUCGCCUCAGCAUGAGCUUGGUAAUGGAGUUCCUGCCAAACGGUAGUCUGAUUGGCUACCUGGACAAGAACCGUCAAAACGUUAACACCUGCAGGAUGUUGCUUUUUGCCUCUCAGAUUUGUAAAGGACUGGAGUAUUUACAGACCAUGCGCUACGUCCAUCGGGAUCUGGCAGCCCGGAACAUUCUCGUAGCUACGGAGACGCUUGUCAAAAUAGCUGAUUUUGGACUGACCAAGAUCAUUCCCUUUGACAAAGAGUACUAUCGCGUGAAACACCCAGGAGAAAGUCCAAUUUUCUGGUAUGCACCAGAGUCAAUCGUUGAGUCAAAGUUCUCCCACAUGUCAGAUGUUUGGAGUUUUGGAGUGGUUCUUUACGAGAUCUUCUCCUACUGUGAACACCUUCAAAACCCCAAAAAACUUUACCUGCAGCGUAUAGGAAACGACAUGCAGAGCCCUUCUGUCUCAAUGCAUGUGGUCAAUAUUCUCAAGGACAACUGGAGGUUACCAGCCCCACCUCACUGCCCUCCAAGGGUUUACAGUUUAAUGAUGGAAUGCUGGGCCUACCACUCAGAGGAGAGACCUUCUUUUGCCACCCUGUCAGAGGAGAUUGAGAACAUAACUCAGGAGGAAAGAAAUGGGUGAAAAGAAUGUAACAAAAAGACUAUUGAUUAAUUAUUGACUAUUGACUUUGGAUAAGAGCGUCUGCUAAAUGACUAAAUGUAAAAUGAUUACAACACAGGCUUAGACCUCAUCAUAGGAACCAGAGCAAAUGUUAUACAACAACUGUAAUCACAUCCUUAAUAUCAGAGAAAUAUUCAUCAUAGCUUCUAUAUGUAUACCAGACUUGUUCUUCUUGUUUGACUGUUGACAUGUCAUUUAAUUUUUGCAAAGCUUUAAGAACAAAUCAAGCAAAAUUAAUGCAGGAAUAUAGAAAGUGAGUUUUGGACGGUUCUUCUAAAUGCACUCUGGUUAUGGAAUCUGCUUCAUUGUUAAUUGCAGCCAUUUGAUUGCGUUUUAAAUAAAAAGGUAUGAGCACA